ACCAGUCAGCAGCGAACAGCUGACGAGAGAGAGUCUAGGAGUCGGUGGCAGGCGUUGUGAACGCGGCUGCAGUGGAGCAGGAGGGUAGCGACACAGUGCGUUUCGCGCGGUGGUGCGGCCGUCUCGCGGAAAAGUCUGAAGCAGGAAGGCAACUCGCCACGUCACCCUGCGGUUGCACAGGCCCCAGAGAUCGUGGCUGCGGCCGGGAGCGCGCGGCGGAGGAGUGGAAAGUGCGUGAGUGACGUCACAGUGCGUGUUUGUGUGCGAGCCAAGAGUGGUGGGGGCGCGCGCAGCGGCGAGGCCGAGAAAUACUAUUACCUCUCCUCCUGCUACUACGUGUAGUACUACGGCCGCCGGGUGGCUGUGACAGCGCGGCGCAGUGCGGACAGAACCACUCGGCUCCUUUGUUCUGUGUCGCCGCCGAAGACGGGGAGACAGCGAGGAACGGAUGUCCGUGUGUCGUGUGCUCUGUGUGUAAUAUUUCUGAAGCAGAAAAGAAGGCGUGAAGUGUGAACCGUCGUGAAAGUGAAAACACUGCCGCAGCAGCCGAUCACACAGGAUUGGACUGACGUCUCCGCUCCACGGCCCUACGAAACUGAAGGUCGCCUCAGCCGCCUCGGCCGUCCAUACCCGCAGGUGGCAGCCGUGACGAGCACCAACUGGCGAUCUCUGGCGACGGCGGCCGUAGCUUUGCAGGCGCGGUCUUCAUGACACUGCACUCAACAGUUGCAGAUCGACGCGAGAAGCAGUUAUCGUUCGUAGCGUACAUCACACAGCUGUCAUUGCCGUGCCACGUAAUGCGCCUUCAGCAAGAUAAGAAAUAAUACGGUAGCGCCCGAUGAUCUCGGCGAGCCACCUGGUGGUGGACGGCGGCGCGCACGGGCUGGGCGGCGAGUUCGUGCGCCCGCUGCCGCGGCCGGCGCCGCUGCUGGCGCGCUACAAUGCGGGCUGCCACCGCGUGCUCGCGCCGCCCCCGCCGCCCACCUCGGGCGCGCAGCCGCACCCGCCGCCCUCGUCGGCCGCCUCCGGCGCUCCGCCGCCCCCGCCGCCGCCGCGCUCCGUCAAGGUGUCCGCCAGCGCGGCCUCCGGCGUCGUCGUGUCCGAGGAGGAGUACGCGCGCGCCUUCGCCGCCCCCGCGCCCGCCGCCUCCGCCGCCUACCACCACUACCCGUACGGCGCGCUCUACUCGGCGGGCCCCGCGGCCCACUACCUGCUGAGCCGGCACGCGCAGCCGCCGCCCAGCGCCGCCCCGCAGCUGGCGCAGCGCGACCGCGAGCGCGAGAGGGACGCCAGGGAGCGGGAGAGGGAGCGCGACAGGGAGAGGGACCGCGAGCAGCCGGUGGUGCUGGCGCAGUACCAGCCGCAGCCGGAGGCCUACCACGUGCCGCCCACCUACCUUGCGUCCUACAGCCCGCCCGUCAAGCCCGGCCAGUCGCUUCUGCUGCAGCCGCCCCACCACCAGCAGAGGAGGCCCCCCUUCAAGGUUCCUAGCGGCAAGGAGGGCUCGCUGAAGCACCGCAUCCUGACGCGGCCCAGCCCGCCGUCGUCGACGGUGACGAGCGCCGCCGCCUCCUGCAACUUCACGCGCGGCUCGCUGAUCCAGCUGGCGACGGGCGAGCUGCGGCGCGUCGAGGACAUGCGCACCGAGGACUUCGUGGCGUGCGCGGACCGGCACGCCGAGCUGCGCCUAGACCCCAGCACCGUGGUGCGGAUCGCAGACGCGCCGCCCGCCGCGCCCGCCCGCGCCACGCUCACACUCAGCUACGGCGAGGUCCGCACGCAGGUUGAGUACGAAUGCCCAGUGGAGCAACCAUUCUUUGUAUACGGACAAGGUUGGGCAUCGUGUUCUCCAGAGAGAACUAUGCAGCGUUACGGGCUCAAAUGUCAUCGUCUUCAAGUUGGAGAUGUUUGCAUAUCUCUAACACCACGGAGCCCGCCACACCAUUCCCAGCAACAUAAGAAGCAGCAACAGCAUCAGCAGCAGCAGCAGCAGCAGCAACACCAUCAACAACAAAUGCAACUGCAGCAGCAGUUGCAGCAGAGACAGCAGCAGCAACAACACCAGCAGCAACAACAGCAGCAGCAGCAACAACAACAACAACAACACCAGCAGCAGCAGCAGCAGCAACAGCAACACCAGCAACAACACAUUCAGCAACUACAUCAACAACAAUCACAUCCUAGGAAAAGACGGUGGUCAGCACCAGAUCAGUUUCAUGAAGACAAUCCUCCCAAGUUUCAACAACGGACAAAGGAAUGAUUUAUCCAGCUUAACUGUCUGUUACUAUCUGUCACACUAUUUUGAAGUGGAUAUGCAGGCUUGAAGUGAUAAUAAAAGCCAUACAGCAUUCAUGGUGCUUGACGUAAAAUGUACUUUUCCAUAUUGUAGUGGUGUCAUGGUAUCACUGGUUUGCAAUACUUGUGUUAAAACAAGAAGGAUUGAAGGAAAUGAGGGUUUCAAAUGAGAUAUUUUAUGUUGUGGUUCACAUUUGUAAAAGAAAUGUUGUUGGGCCAGAAAAUGACAGCUUUUAUGUGUUGGCUGUGUCAGUGUAGUGUUUUCAAUUGGCAUUUGUGCACAAAGUUUACUGCAGAGCUUCUGAACUGCAUGUGUGUACUAGGUGCUGUGAUACAAGAUUACUCUAUAUUAAGAAAUAUUGUACAUUUAAGAGAUAAAACAAACUGAUAAUAGAACACUGCACAACUGAACUAAAAUAAUUUGACAUUUGCAGAAGAAGUCACUAAAAGUGAUUGACGAUCCAUUGAGGACACCAGAAAAGGUGUUGUGCAGUGUGUGUCGUGUUAGCCAUUUCACGUUUUGAGAAUGUGCUUCUCCAUAUGUGUAUUUUUCAAUUAGCUGUAGCUUGCCUGUCCUUUAAGACUGCUGUGAUAAUGUCUCAAAUUUUGACAGAGGGAUGUUUUCAUUAUCUCAUUUGAAAACAAAGCGUAUUCUUUUGUCUCAUUCUUCAUACUUCAUAUAUUCUGGGGGUGAGAAUGGUGCUACAGAUUUUUAUAUGAGAACAUACAAAUUAACUGAUUAACUAAAUUUCCUUACAUCAUUAGUUAAUUGUGGAAUGAUGUGAAGUUAUCUGUUGUGGAAGUGCCUCAGUAAACACACAGGGAAUUUGUUAGGAAAUGUACCAGAUUGAUUCAGACAUGAGUUUUAAACCAUUCCGUGAAUUUUACCACAGACAUCUACAGUGCUGAAAGAAAGAUUAUAUUUUUCCUGUGACACAUUUUCAGCUAUAAAUUAUAUGAGAUAUGGGUCCAGCUGGUGUAUCUGACGUUAUUUGUAGUGACUUUGUCUUUCUCACUUAUUUUAGUGGAAAUUUUCUGAGUGGAGUCUUGCAGCUCUUAAGAUCUUCUCAUUUCAGUACCAGCAAAUAUUCUGCAUUGGCUAAAACAUAUUAUUUAUUUUAAAAAAGAAAUUGUGUGCAGUCACUAUACAGAUUUGCAAUUUUAUGCUGGAUGUGGACGUAUUUGUCAACAGUUUCUCAUCAUGCUCCAUGGUUAAUUUCUAAUGAAAAGGAUAAAUAGAAAUCAUAAUUUCAGUGUCUAACACAAAGUAGGACAUAAAGUCGCUGAAUAUUAUUCAAACAAGUACAUGCAUAUAACUCCAUUUAUGGCCUUAUUAUGUGGGAAUUGCUCAUUUACCUUCAUUUGUACAACGACAAUCAUGUGGCUGCCACAUAACAAAGACAAUGUAUGCAACUGAUAUGUCCCGUUGUACCUCACAGGGUGACACAUGAAAUGAUGAACCAUUUCUGUGUGAUUAGCUUUAACUGUUCUCAUGAGUAUCAAGUUACAUAUUGCAUAAAUGUACAAAUUCCACAAACUUUUACACACAGAAACAUUGCAGUUUUGGUGUUUAUGAAGACCACAUUCAUUAUGAACAUUGUUUUGUCCCAAUUUUGUCCAGUUUGGAUAAAAAUAAUCCAGAAACUAUGCUUUUUAUCUUGCAAUCAUAACCAUUUGUUAAGUUGUUUUUUCUGCGUUUUCCACCUGUCAUUGUCCUCAUUAUUAUGGUGGAAACAGACCUUGUCAGGAAAUUUUAUCGACAAUAUUUUCUUUAUGGUGUAAUUCGGGAACAAAAUAGCAAAUUCUGUCUAUAUGUGAGAGAUUUUGCCAUACUCUUGUAUAUUUGCAUAAAUUAACAGUAGUACAAAAUGUUUGAUGAGUAAAGUGAUGGAACAUUCAAAUUUCAAUGGAGACCCUUCAAGUAAACUUGUCAGACCUGUCUUGUUGUAUAAUCUCACUGUUUCCAUUUCAAUAAAUGAGAAACAUGCUUCCACUUUAACACUUUUUCCUCAUUUCUGUUGAAAAGUGUGCCACGUUUACAGUGAAAGUGAAUUAGCUAGAAACUGAGGUACUUACUUUUACUACAUUUCAACUACAAGGUAUCAUUUACAGCCACCUGUAUGAAAAGUUCUGUGCCUCCAUUUAGGAUGACUUUUCAGACACGUAUUGUAGUAUCAGAGUAACUUAAACAAACUGUUUCCAUUAUAGAGACCAGAAAAUUGAAUGAAACCUUUGGGUUCAGAAUUUUUUGUGCCAUCCUGCACCAUUCACCUGAACUGUCUGUUAAUGUGGAACUGUCUCUUAAUGUGAACAACUAUAUUAUUUUGCUCAGUGAUAAUCUAAAUACAGGCAGGGCUGACAGCACAGAGCAAAUAAUGUUACAUGCUAUGGAAAACAAGUAAAUGUACAUUAUAUCUAGAAAAGCUGUUUUGUCAUCAUCAACUGGUCAGAAAGUUGCCAUAAAAUAGUAUUUUGAAGUAUGUGAAGCGUGUUGGAUAUCGGCAUUGUCUAAUUGAAUUGUCAAUAAUUUUGCAUUGCUCUAUUUCCAUAGUUUUUCAAAAAAAAAUUGCAUAACUUUCAUAUUUACUAGUCAGUAGAGAUGAGAGAUGAGAUACAGUCCGUUAGCAUUGUCAAAAUGUUCCUAAAAACAAACAUGAUGUAAUUUUGUCCCCUUAUGUGGUCGUAAUGUUUGAAGAAAUUUUUAACUUCCAAUAUUCAAGGAAGAGCUUUAUUGUAGUACAUUAUGACCUAACAUGGAGCUGGUAAUGGUCAUUACCGUUUAUAAUGGAUUUACAGAAGCUAUGUGAAGUCUGUGAGAAGGAAGGUAUUUUUACAUUAAUGUGGUAAUAUUGAGGAGAUGCAGUUUGAUUUAAAAACUUGUAUGCAAAAUUUAUCUGGUGUAAGAAUAUUAAAAUCUGGUACCUGUCACUGUUAGUAAAUGCAGUCCAAAGAAAUGUGUAGAAAUUCUAUACAACUGGUCCUCUCUUGUAUGUUGUAGUUUAUUGUAUAAAAAUAAGUAUGUCAAUCAAAAUAAGCCUCCUGUUAUUAUUUUAUAUUCCGUACUUACAAUACGGUGUUCAUUUUCUUUUCUUCCUUGUUUUUUUCAUUUCUUUCACCAUCCAUAAACACAUAGUUUGACCAACAGUGAAAGUGGUGUAAUAUGCAAAAGUAAAUAUUUGAUUUACAUACGAAUUAAAUAACUAAGAACUAUGAAUUGCAUCAAAUACACACUCUUCUUAAAUAUUAAUAAUCAUAUGCAUGAUUAUGAAAGAAUAACAUCAAGAAGCUGUAAAAAUAUAUCUCUAUUUGCUUCAUUAUUCUGACACCUAUGACAACAAAGCAUCAGAUGUGAUAUUGUAAACUUGUCCACCUUAUUAUCAAAUCAAGUAACUGAAUUGUGCCAUACUUUGUGCCAGGUAAAUAUGUUUCUGAAAGAUUGAAUUUAUAGCUUAUGUGCCAGAUGCCUAUUUCCCGAUUUAGUUCUUUCUGUCGAGACACGGUUCACAUACAAAAAUUUCAGAUUACCUCACAAUUGCACAUUCGUGUUCCUAAGUACAGAUUUCUGUAACAGAAAGAGGCCAUUGGAUUUUGUUGCUAAGAGUGCAUAGUUUUACCUAUAUAAAAACUUGCAAAAAUAUAUGAAUCCAGAUCUAAACCAUGUUACAAAUAAAAGUAUAAUGCAUAUUUUAAAACCUGUAUUUUGUUAAAUGAAGUGAGUAACUAUAGUAUCGUACCAUAAUUAAAAUAUUCUUUCUGUAAUCAUGGUAUUGUUUAAUGAAAAUGUUAAUGUUAAAAGAGAUGUUAAUUAUACUUUAAGCAAAGAUCUCUGUUGUCAAAUAUGUUAAAGCUGACAAUCGUGGAAUCUGUUAAUCUUUAUAGUUUGAUAAUGUGUUAUGUGUGAAAGUUGAAUUUUUAUACAGAGAAUGAAAGUGCCUUGUAUAUACUUCAUGCCCAGUGUUUUCAGUGUAAUUAUGUAUUGUUGAAUGAAAUAGACAUGUAAAUAUUGAUGUGUGUAUGCUCAAGCCAGCAUGGGUUUGUAUAUUCUUGUGUGAGUGUGAAUCGAGAGGAGGGUAUAUGGCCCUGGACCCUCUUUAUUUUGUGUUCCUCUCUUACCCGUGUGUGUGUGUGUGUGUGUGUGUGUGUGUGUGUGUGUGUGUGUGUGUGUGUGUGUGGACGAGUGCACUUGUUGUGGAACACACCCACGUACUUGUUGGGUGUGUGAUAUGUGGUUAUAGAUAUUUUUGCUUUCACGCUUUUAUAUGAAUAUCUGUGUUAGUUGCUUGAAUGUGUUACUGGACAUGCAUGAAUAUACUUAUUUGUAUACACAAAUGUCUGUACAUUGAGAAUAUAGCAGCAACAUUUAAAUUUUAUAGUGCCAUGUUUUUCUUUUCUAUACCUUGUCAGUUAUAUGUUAAUUUUAUUUUCCAUCAAGCUGCUGUUAAUAAAAUAAGACCUAAAUGUUAAA